AUGGCCACCUUGUACACAUGCAGAGGGGUUCAUCAGGGCACGGUCCAGGAUGGUAAGAAGCGGCCCCUGGUUAGGCUUACGACAGAGGAUGGUUCAGCCUACUACUAUGCAAAUCCUUCUGGAGUAGGUACUCGUAAGCAAGUAGGUAAAUAUUGCAAUGAAAAGAGCUGCCAAGGAGACACCUGCCAAUGCAACUGCAGAAGUGGAGGAGGAGGUCCCGGAGCUUGCCAACCUGAAAAAUGUACAUCUAGCAACUGCCAAUGCUGUAAAGAUAAGGAUGGUGGUGCUAUCUCCUCUUUUAACACCUUUACAUCCCAAUCCCUAAUGACCAUCUUGGCCUUUACUGGAGACGGUUAUCUAAAGACUUAUUCCAAGUAUGAGCAUGAUAGGGAUAAGUGGCCUACUGGCAGUGGUCAUGGUUACAGUUGUUCUAAGAAUAGUACUCAUGAUACUGAUUCUAAAAAGAGACCCACUCAAUCUAUUUUACCGACUCACUUAUCCAAGGGUGAAUACAGAGAUUCCUAUACUAAAGUAUACUCGUCAGUCCUUCACUUCACUAUGGACACAGUCUCCAAUCCUACAAUUGUUGCAUUGUACAACUCGAUGCUGAGAAUCUCAUAA